AUGCUGCCUGCCAUUGGGUUGAUCCCGAUUUGGUUUGCGCAUGGACGAUUUUGGUUGAUGGGAGAAAACGACUGGGUCAACACGGACGAUCAACUUGCAAGUAGAGGCAUGCCGGGGAUUCUCGUGUUUCAUGCACUCUUGUGGUGGUGGGAAAGUCCCCGAAAGGAUCGACCCGUCCCGGAAGUCGCCAUGGGGUUGUGGGGGGUGUAUAUCUUGCAUCUGCUGUUUCAAGUCUUUUAUGUCAAUCCUGCCAAUAGUACUGAAGAUGAUGCUGCCAAAGAAGAAGCUUGGUCGGUGGCCACCAAGUACUUUCCAUCGACCAUUACAACUACAAUCUCCAGUCGAAUCUCCUUGGGAAUGGCAGUGGAUGUAUGGUUGAUCAUGGGCGCCACUUUGUUUGUCAGUUAUUGGAGUCCCGACGAGGGACAUUUACUGGCCAACACCACAUUGUUGAUUCGACAACGCAUGACGCAAUCCAUAAAACCAGCCAUGGUAGGGACUCCGCUCUGGUUCAUUCUAGGUCACUUGACGCUCGGGAGUGGCUGUCAGGGGUGGGAUUCAACAAUCACUGCCCUCUUCUUGCAAGCACUCGUCACGGUCCUGCCAUUUCACAUUCUCCUUUGGCAGCGAGAAAAAGAACGAACCAAUCAGGAACAACCCUUUCCAGGGCACAUGGCAGUGGCAUUGCUCGUCUACUAUGCCCUGCAAAUUAUUUGUCAGUUUUUUAUUCAUGACAAAAACAUUGUGGAGUACUACCUUCACAUGCCACCAAAACUUGUUGCCAGCGCGGCUUGGACCAUCAAAACGCUUAUUUUGGUCAACAUGGCCAUCAUUCUACGCAUGAGCUACGAUCGAGACCAAGAAGAAGAAGAUGCUACGGCAGUAGGAACAAAUGUCCUGAAUGGAAAUAAUGCUACUGGGGCCGCCGGUACACCAGACAGCAAUACACCUUCCCAGCCUGUUGCCUCGGCUCCCACGGGAAAUAAUGACGCAAACAGUGCUGUGGAGCCCACAACCGAAGAACAAUUGCGACAACCUCUGUUGGAGGCGGACCGCGAUGCAGCAGAAACAGCCGCAGCAGAAGUCCCAACAGCAACGGAAGAAGUGUAG